AUGGGCUGGAACGCUUUUAAGCGACGACGGCCGAAAGGAAGAGAACCCAACCCGGCCGCUACUCCUGCUGUCCAGCAGCCUUACAACCGUAGCAACAUUAGCGGCACCGGCAGAGGACAUGUCGAUUCCACUGUGCAGGCCGCACCACCUACACGUAAACACCUGACCAUAUAUCGAACCAUUCUCUCCAAAAACAAAACAACCACAAAUACCAGCACCGACGCGGCUCCCCAUGAGCCUCAAUUCGUCAUGGCUCCGGCAGCCUCCCUGUCUCCAAUCGUGGAGGAGGCGCUCCACGGCCGCCCUCCUUUGGCGGUAAAGGUUCAAGUCACCAUCGCCGAUAAGCCGGCCUACACCAGAGUUUAUGUUAGCUCACCGAGCCUCCGCCCUUCGAAGCGACUGUGUCAAGGCCUGCUCCGCCGUGUCGAGCACUGCAGCAAGGAGUUCAUAACCCGAAGAGAUUCGGAAGCCCUUUUGCACCGUCGGUUCGGCCAAGCACCUAGCGCCCUGAGAUAUGAAAUAACCUACACCAUCGUCCGAUCUGGUGAUGUCUGGGCUGAGGAAACCUUCAAGUCGUAUCAGCUGGCACCCGUUACCGAUGAGCUGGCAAACGAGAUCAUCCUGUCCAGCCACUACGUUGUCGGUCUUUUCCUAAGGCGGCACGAUAAAGAGUUCAAGUGGACCCAAGAACCAGCGUCGGAUAGGCUAUCAAAAAGGUUAUCCGCAUCAUCAUCGUCACUAAGCCCCUACGACGCCCUCACGCUUGGAUGUGUACCACAGUCUAGGUUUAUCGAAUCCACACAGUCCUUUGAGUUCAUCCCCGGCUACAGCAUCGAGCUUUCGUUCCGGAGCUUCACUAGUCACCGACGUACACAGCGGGAAUGGACCAGGAGUCUACGGCUGAAGAGUGCUCAAGAUACACCGCUCAACCUCGCCCAAAGCGAGAGGUUGUUAUGGGACUCUUUCGAGGCGGUGAACUCGGCCAUCAGCGCCAAGAAGCGCUCUUUUGAGCUCGAACACGAGUCCUGCGAGUGGUUGGAAGGCCCUGUUGAUUGCCAACACUUUGAAGAGAACGCAUUGAGUAUCGACCUAAGGAUUGGCAACAACCUUGGCCCAGUGUACGAACACAUGCACCGCAGCAUUCGCUCCAAGCUGUCAAUGUUUAGACAGCAGGAUGGCGAGGACUGCUAUGCUUUUCUUCGUGAUGUACAAACUCAGCUUCUCAAGCUCCGAGACUUGGCCGACGAGCAAGUCUCUCGCACAAACGACUUUGAAUUGAGGAUAUUAGAAUUGACGGGUGCACAAGGCUGGAAGAUAUCCAGACCGACAAAGGUCACACUCGACCACACCAAAUCGCACUCGCAACGGACCGUCGAGGCCGUUCUCGUCCGUCUCCAUACUGGAAUUACAGAAGUUCUCGGCGCCCCUAGCGCAUCCGUACACGUUGCAGCAUAUAAAAGGGGCCAUCUCAUAUUAGAUAGAGAAAUCGGUGCGCAAGAAGGGUCCAGCAAGAAGCCGUCCAACAAGACAAGUAGCCCUGUGAACAUACAGGCCGAGAAAGACUAUCUAGUCCCAGCUUUGGAAGCACGGAUCCGUCAAGACCUGGAAAUGCUGCUCAAAGAUACAUGCUCUUUGGAAGGCCUUCCUGAGGACGAGGACGAGGUUCCGACACCGACCACGUCUGUAUCGCCACAAACCCAAGAUGAAGAGGACACACAGGUGGACUACACGGAAAUCUCUGCAUCCACCCAGGGCUCGAUAAGAAGGUUCCCGUUAUCCAAGAGUCCAGAGGAAUCACGGGCCGCGACGCCGUCACAGCAAUCGCCGAGACCGCUCAGGAGGAAAAAGACCUUCAUCAUACCAGCCUCGGGGGAUAGCCCAGCCUACCGAAUCUUCCCCCUGGUUCCUGAAAAGUUUAUCCAGAGUCGCUCCCGCCAAAACAGCGAGUCUACUCUCUCCACUCAAGUCUCGGAGUCAUCUCCUGCCGUUCUCAAAAAGGUCAACGUGCAACCGGUGCACGUCAUCGACCCAGACCUGUUCAGGGGCCAUGCAUUUUCGGGCUCUGACGGCACCGAAUCAGAGCAUGCAGGCACGGUGCCUGAGAUAUUGUCAGAAGAGUCUGAUCGAUCCGAGUGUGGAGGGACGGAGUUAUCAGGUGCCGAAGAUUACGUCUUCACGCAGGAGUCCUCGCUAAUGAGCGAUGCUCAAGACUCGGUGGCGGGAGAUAUGGUUGAGCUUGAUUGCGUCGACGCUGCUGAGGCCUCUGUCACGCAGCUAGGUUCCCAGUCCGAAGCCAAGUAUGGCGGCCGCGCCCUUGAGGAAAAGGCCGAUUGUGCAGAUGCAGAGACUUCUGAGGACGCUAGCAAGCGUGCAAGCCUAAGCCGUGAUGAUGAGUCUAUUCCUUCAACGCCUGGGCUCAGCCAUGGAGAAGGACCAUCGCCUCGCGACAGUUUCUUGAUGACACCGCCAUUCUCAAAAUCGAUUCCUGUUGCCUGUCCCAGGAUACCAUUAUCGUUUGAUUCCGCAGCUGGAGAAGAUGGUCAUUUAAGCUACGCAUCUAGCGAGACGGAAGAUGAAGAGAAGACGCCAACUGGGUCAACCCCAGAGAUACCUUUGACGCAGGAGUUGGCACUUGCGCCAGCAAAUGAAACGCCAGAGAUGGACACUAUCGUUCUGAGAAAUGCGGACAGUUUCUCACAGAGUGACGCAUCGUUCGGCUUUGACGAAGACCAAGCACUGACAGAGUUCCAUCCGUCAGCUUCGGGAACCCCUACACAAUCUGUGGCAGAACUGGCGUCAUCUUUGGUCGCCGCAUCGAUACAGGUACCAGAUGUGGAGCCUCCGCGAAGCGCCGGAACUAUUGUCGCUCCUACCGCAGCAGCAGAAGGGGCCGAGGACAACGUCUUUGACAGUGCAUUCGCCGAGAAGUCGGUCGUCCAAUCGCCGACUGUGCUGAUGAACUCCCGCCCAUCGACCAGUCUUGGAGAUAGCUUGCCUGAGCUACAGCCAGCUCGGUCCAGACGCACGAUCGAGCGGCCGAGCCCUAUCCUCAUCACCAGAAACAGCGUGUCGUCAUGGGAGGACUAUAUCAGCGCUAGCCAACGGGACUCUGUCGAUACCAUCAAGUCCGAGGUGGACGUAUCCGCCAUCAUGUCGGACGACCAGCCAACGGCGCGCCCGCCGAGCCCGGUACGCCGCAAAUCCAUCCCUACUGCGGGCGUCUUGGGCCUCCACGAGGCGGGGAGCAGGCGGUCGGGACCCUUUGGGGCUCUCAAGAGCGCCUUCUCUGGCGGCCAACACUGGCUUGACAGUGAAAGAUUCCGGGGCAGCGGGUCGAGCUCGCGGCCGCAGACCGCCCCGGGCCUCGUCGCGCAAAAGUUCUUCCCCGAGGGUGCCAGCACGCCGCCUCCUCCAGAGAGCCCCGUGACGCCGACGACCAGGUCGCCUCGCCGUCCAUACAUUCGGAAACGCACCAAGAGCAUCGCCACCGCCACCAUCAUCCGGACCACCCCGAAGCGGCCGCACAAGUCGCACAGGGGCCGAGCCAAAUCGGCUGCUUUUGCCGAGCUGGAACGUGGGCGAGAGCAGAAGCAGGGCAAAGAAGCCGAAGCACUGGACGGAACUGGUGAAAAGCCCAUGCUACCACGCUUCAUGAUGCUGUUUGCCGGUAUGGCUGUUGCGUCGUCGAUGCUCAACAAGAACUAA